AUGCACACUUUUGGGCCGGCAACCUUUGAUGAUGAUCAACCAUGCACUCAAACAAUAACUGCAGAAUCAAAUGAAACGAUUGGAUUCAUCUCGACAACACAGAACCCGGUUACUCCGAGCAAAGUCAAUCCAUCAACAACUCGACAACCGAUUACAACAACAACACUAACAAACGCAACAACAAAGGGCAUUCUGCCUUUGCCUCCAGACACUGCAGCAACUACAGUCAAGAUUCCUAAUCCCACAACGAUCUUCAACGAAGGAGGAGGAGGUGGAGGAGGAGACAGCGGAAGAGGAGUAAGCUCACCAGACACUGCAACAACUACAGUCAAGAUUCCUAGUCCCAUAACGACAUUGAACGAUGGAGGAGGAGGUGGAGCAGGAGGAGGAGGAGGAGGAGGAGGAGGAAACGGAGGAGGAGGAGGAGGAGGUGGAGUAAGCUCUCCAGACACUGCAACAACUACAGUCAUGAUUCCUAGUCCCACAACGAUCUUGAACGAAGGCGGAGGAGGAGACGGAGGAGGAGGAGACGGAGGAGGAGGAGACGGAGGAGGUGGAGGAGGAGACGGAGGAGGAGAAGGAGGAGGAGGAGGAGACGGAGGAGGAGGAGGAGACGGAGGGGGAGACGGAGGAGGAGGAGGAGGAGGAGGAGACGGAGGAGGAGACGGAGGAGGAGACGGAGGAGGAGGAGACGGAGGAGGAGACGGAGGAGGAGGAGGAGGAGACGGAGGAGGAGGAGGAGGAGAGAGGAGGAGACGGAGGAGGAGGGGAGGAGACGGAGGAGGAGGUGGAGGAGGAGGAGGAGACGGAGGAGGAGGAGACGGAGGAGAGAGGAGGAGGGAGGAGACGGAGGAGGGGACGGAGGAGGAGGAGGAGGAGACGGAGGGGGAGACGGAGGAGGAGGAGGAGGAGACGGAGGAGGAGGAGGGAGACGAGGAGGCGGAGGAGGAGACGGAGGAGGAGACGGAGGAGGUGGAGGAGGAGACGGAGGAGGAGGAGGAGGAGGAGGGGAGGAGACGGAGGAGGGAGACGGAGGAGGAGACGGAGGAGGAGGAGGAGAGAGGAGGAGGAGGAGGAGACGGAGGAGGAGAGGAGACGGAGGAGGAGACGGAGGAGGAGGAGGAGGGAGACGGAGGAGGAGACGGAGGAGGAGGAGGAGGAGACGGAGGAGGAGGAGGAGGAGGAGACGGAGGAGGAGACGGAGGAGGGGACGGAGGAGGAGGAGGAGGAGACGGAGGGGGAGACGGAGGAGGAGGAGGAGGAGACGGAGGAGGAGGAGGAGGAGGAGGAGGAGAGCCGGAGACGGAGACGGAGGACAGGCAUGGAGGAGACGGAGGAGGAGAGGAGGAGGAGGAGACGGAGGAGGAGACGGAGGAGGAGACGGAGGAGGUGGAGGAGAAGGAGGAGGAGGAGACGGAGGAGGAGGAGGAGACGGAGGAGGUGGAGGAGGAGGAGGAGACGGAGGAGGAGACGGAGGAGGGGACGGAGGAGGAGGAGGAGGAGACGGAGGGGGAGACGGAGGAGGAGGAGGAGGAGACGGAGGAGGAGGAGGAGGUGGAUCCCACAACGAUCUUGAACGAAGGCGGAGGAGGAGACGGAGGAGGAGGAGGAGACGGAGGAGGUGGAGGAGGAGGAGGAGGAGUAAGCUCUCCAGACACUGCAACAACUACAGUCAAGAUUCCUAGUCUCACAACGACAUUGAACGAAGACGGAGGAGGAGGAGACGGAGGAGGAGGAGUAAGCUCUCCAGACACUAAAACAACUACAGCCAAGACUCCUUCUAGUGUCACAACGACAUGGAAAGAAGAAGGAGGUGAUGGGGAGGGGGGAAGUGCCGCAACUACGACAAAUUCAACCACUGUUUCUGUGGCCACUUUAACUGACGAGGAAAUCCCAGAUUGCUCACUCGCUGGGAUUGCUUUGUUCAAGAGGAUUCUUUAUGAAGGCGAGGAAAUAGUGUUUUGUCUGCUCCAAUCAUCGCAAUGCGUUGAUUUUCCAGACGGUUGGGAUAAAGCGGUCGAGUCGGCGUAUGUGGGGGAGAAAGAGUCCUGUUAUGUAUUGUUCACUGGAGCAAACUGCGAUGGGCUAAAGAUGAAGAUCGAUUACAAAAGAAUGCUUUUGAAAAAGACGGAGAAUUUCAAUGAUUUGGGGCUCGCGAGAGUCCACUCAUCACUUCGUUUGUGCAAUGAAUCCGAAAAACCGAAUCCGAAACGACAAGCAACCACGCAAAGCUCAUUUGAUGAUGAA